AUGCACACACCACAUGACCUGCCCUCACAAAUGGGACCUCUCUUAUUUCUUCCUUGGAUGGCAGGCGAGAUGGUGGAAAGCGAAUGAGGAUGGGAAUUGGCAGGCGGACCCGAAACGACCAUAACUAGAGCGGGAGCACAGGUUCUGCUAGCAGCUGCUAGCUCCUGAUAAUGCCACUGAUUGCACAAGCGGCUGCUUGGAGGAUGGACUGGGAGUUGACCUUUGGGAUUACAGUGGAGAGGAGGCAGGAGUGAGUGUGUCUGCUUCAACAGCUGCUUGAGGGAACAGGUAACUCAUUAACGGCCAGUAAAGGUUUCUGAUAGUGUUCAGCAUGUCGUCUCAGACACAGAGACACAACAUAAUAAACUCUAAUCUCAGCCCGACAAGGUAACUUUCGACAAGCUUUUGCAAAACUUCUCCCCUCGUGCCCACGCUCACUUUCGGACAGCGUAUAUCUCUACCGCAUCCAAUACCAGGGACUAGGAGAACACAGGGACGACCAGCACAUGCCUGGAUCACAUGCAGACAAUCAGCACUUUGCUUGGGUAGCGGCGGCAGCGGCGGCGGCAGAGGGGGAAGGAGUCGCUCUGAGCUGCAGCACUGACUAUGGAGCCGCUGGAGGAAUACCACUCUCCGUUUGACUUUGAACAAGGAGUCAAUGCCAGCUACCUCUACCUCUCCCCAGCCUACAGCGACACGCCACCCAGCUCGCCCGCCGGCAGAGCCAGAGGCACUCAGGAGCAUUCGGACUCAGUCCCAGAGGUGGGAGAAGAUGCGAUGGCGUCCGUCGGUCCCCCGCCGUCUGCCCCCGCCAUGACGGAGGAGGAGCGUCAGGAGCUGCAGCAGGAGCUGGCCAAGGUUGAAGAUGAGAUCCAGACUCUGUCCCAGGUGCUGGCAGCCAAGGAGAAGCAGUUGGCGGAGAUCAAGAGGAAGCUGGGCAUCACUCCUCUCAAUGAGCUGAAGCAGAACAUCACCAAGACCUGGCAGGAGGUCACCACCUCCACUGCCUACAGGAGGACUUCUGAAACUCUGUCUCAGGCGGGUCUAAAGGCCACGGCAGCCUUCACCAAUAUGGGCUCAGCCAUCAGCCGAAAAUUCGAAGAUGUCAGGAACGCACCAACUUUCAAGUCCUUUGAGGAGAGAGUCGAGACGCUGAAGACCAAGAUGUCUCCCUCAGCAUCCAGCUCUGACCCUGCCGACCAGGACGACGGCCCCCCUCCCACCAGCGACCCCCUGCUCCCUGAGCCACAGGACUCGCCCACCAAGGACUCGCCAAUGCACUGAGGGCGGCCUGACCCCCCCCCAACCUCCCUCCGACCCCUUCGUCCCUCCUCACUUGACCCUCUAACCCCUCCCGGGCCCUCGCCGCUCACCUCCUUAACUCCCGUGUGCCAGUCGCUCUUUAUUGCAAACAAAUGACUCACCAUCGGCCUCCCUGUGAUCUAAUUGUCUGCUCCGGUCUCCUGACGCGCUCUCACUCCCUAACCAGUGUGGAAACUCGACGCAUGCAGACAGGAGGGCCUUCUGAGCCCUUCGUGGAUGGUUUUUUUUUUUUGUUUUUUUUUGAGCGUGUUUGGGCUCCGGAUGGGAGAAAUGCUUUCCUCUCCUCCCUCUCUUCUCCCUCUCUGCCUUUAUUAAACCAGCACAAGCCCAGAUGCCAAAACACGCUCCAAUUAAUUGUUUAUGGAAUUCAUGCUUCAAUGUUUAUCUGAGUGGAGAAAAGAAAGAAAAAAAAAAAAAAAAGAAUUUACACUUUCUGUGUGAGCCAGACGGAUGUUGUCUUGCAUGAAACUUGUAU